UGUAGAUAGAAUGUCAUUUAAUCAUGAUAUUUAUUAAUUGCUCAUAAUCAAAUUCGCUAUUUAUACUAGCGUUCUUACAUCCCACGGCAGUAUAUAUUGCUUCAUAUGGCGGAGUUUUAAAAAAUGAUCGUUUCUGGGUGGAAGGCGGCGCCACUGAGUUGUGCCAUAGCAACUCAUCUCGGUGUCGUCGUGAAAGCUUUCAACACUAUGAGCCAGUGAAGUGUAUCUGUCGGAUAGUGGCGUGAAAAUGGCGGUGUAAAAUGGCAGGACGUAGAUCGACGUUGACAAAUGCCGAUUCCCUGUCGGGAUCGGGGAACGCGGACCCUUUAAGGGAGCUGUUCGAGGCAUGCAAGACUGGAGACCUCCCGAGGGUAAAGGCGUUGGUUACACCGAAGACAGUCAAUGCUCGAGACACUGCCGGACGCAAAUCCACCCCCCUGCAUUUUGCAGCUGGUUACGGUAGAAGAGAUGUUGUAGAAUUUUUACUUUCUGCUGGAGCAUCUAUACAAGCACGCGAUGAUGGUGGUUUGCAUCCUUUGCAUAAUGCUUGUUCCUUUGGACAUUCUGAUGUGGUAAGACUUCUUUUGGAAGCAGGAGCUAAUCCAAAUACUAGGGAUAAUUGGAAUUAUACACCAUUGCACGAGGCUGCAAUUAAGGGUAAAAUAGAUGUGUGUAUUGCUCUGCUACAGCACGGAGCAGAUGCAAAUAUCAGAAACACGGAAGGAAAGACAGCUUUAGAAUUAGCAGACCCUGUAACUAAACCAGUAUUAACAGGAGAAUAUAAAAAAGAUGAGUUAUUAGAAGCAGCAAGAUCGGGAAACGAGGAACGCCUUCUGCAACUUCUAAAUCCAUUGAAUGUAAACUGCCAUGCAAGUGACGGCAGAAGAUCAACCCCAUUGCAUUUAGCUGCUGGAUAUAAUAGAUCCAGAGUGGUGCAGAUUUUACUGCAAAAUGGUGCAGAUGUGCACGCAAAAGAUAAAGGAGGUCUUGUACCACUCCACAAUGCUUGUUCUUAUGGUCAUUUUGAAGUGACUGAAGCACUUCUUAAACAUGGUGCAGCAGUUAAUGCCAGUGACUUAUGGGCAUUCACUCCGCUGCAUGAAGCCGCUAGUAAAUCCAGAGCCGAGGUGUGCUCACUACUUUUAAGCGAGGGUGCAGAUCCAACUCAACUAAACUGCCACAGUAAAAGCGCCAUUUAUAUAUUUAUAUAAAACAAAAAAAAGAAACGGUACACGCACGAAUACAAGGGACACUGCCUCUUGGAUGCCUGCAGGCAGGCAGAUCUUACUAAGUUAAAAAAGUACCUGUCCCAAGAAGUUGUAAACUUUAAACACCCAUAUACUGGGGACACACCACUGCACUGUGCCGUUGCAUCCCCCUAUCCCAAGAGAAAACAAGUAAUAGAAUCAUUGAUUAGGAAAAAUGCUGCCUUAAAUGAGAAAAAUAAAGACUUUUUAACGCCGCUUCAUGUGGCUACUGAUCAUUCUCAUUACGAUGCAAUGGAUGUGUUACUUAGACAUAAUGCGAAAGUCAAUGCUUUAGAUGGAUUAGGGCAAACUGCACUACACAGGUGCGUUAGAGAAGACAAUGUGCAAGCUUGCAGAAUAUUGUUAUCGUACAAUGUUGAUCCAUCUAUAGUAUCACUUCAGGGCUAUACCGCGGCACAAGUAGCUGCGGAAAAUGUCCUUAAAAUACUACAAGAUCCACCAAGCGGGACAGACGACGCGGAAGCGCAACUGUUGGAGGCAAGUAAAUCCGGCGAUUUAGCUGCGGUGGAAAGAAUUUUACAAACGAAUCCGCAUGCUGUUAAUUGUCGCGACUUGGAUGGUAGGCAUUCCACACCGCUGCACUUUGCAGCGGGAUUUAAUAGAGUGCCCGUAGUCGAAUAUUUAUUGGCACAUGGAGCAGACGUACACGCCAAAGAUAAAGGUGGACUGGUUCCCUUACACAAUGCCUGCUCUUAUGGUCACUAUGAAGUAACAGAAUUAUUAGUAAAACAUGGUGCAUCGGUGAACGUUGCGGAUUUGUGGAAAUUUACACCGUUACACGAGGCUGCUGCUAAAGGAAAAUACGAAAUAGUUAGAUUGUUAUUGAGACACGGCGCGGAUGCCACUAAAAAAAAUAGAGACGGAGCGACACCGUUGGAUUUAGUUAGGGAUGGUGACCAGGACGUAGCAGACUUGUUACGAGGAAACAGUGCUCUUCUGGACGCAGCAAAAAAGGGCAAUUUGGCCAGGGUACAACGACUGGUUACUCAAGACAAUAUUAAUUGUAGGGAUGCACAAGGUCGCAAUAGUACACCGUUACACUUAGCUGCGGGGUACAAUAACUUGGAGGUAGCGGAAUUUUUGCUUGAACGUGGAGCUGAUGUAAAUGCUCAGGAUAAAGGCGGAUUGAUACCGCUGCACAAUGCUUCAAGUUACGGUCACUUAGAUAUCGCUGCAUUACUCAUUAAAUAUAAUACUGUGGUAAACGCAACUGACAAAUGGGGCUUCACGCCACUUCAUGAAGCAGCGCAGAAGGGAAGAACGCAGCUGUGCGCCCUUUUGUUGGCCCACGGUGCGGAUCCUUUCUUAAAAAAUCAAGAGGGACAAACCCCUGUGGAUUUAGCUAGCGCUGACGAUGUGAGAUGUUUGUUGCAAGAUGCUAUGGCUUCGCAGCAAGUAGUGCCGUCGGUACCAUCCGGUAAUGGUGGCGUUGGUGUAGCCAUUAACUUAAGUGGUAAUGGUAAUAAUACUAUUAAUAGUAGGCCGCCAAGUAUCGUUGCAGUUCCAGUUACACCCCCGCCACCGCUUACCCAAGAAACCGUCAUCAUGCCCUCUGGAACCGCUAUGACUCUUUGUGUACCGCUCGCCAGACCGUCCUCUUGUCUGAGUCCAAUGCCGCCGUCUGAAACAUGCUCUGAAAGAGAUUGCAAAGAUUCAAAAGACAACUCGAAUAUCACAACAGUGGCUGGAUUCCUUCAGAGUCUUGCUUUAGAACAUCUGUUGGAACUGUUCGAACAGGAGCAGAUUACGUUGGACAUAUUAGCCGAGAUGGGUCACGAGGAUUUGAAGCAAGUCGGUGUUUCGGCGUACGGUUAUAGACAUAAGCUAAUCAAAGGAAUGGAGAAACUUUUAAACACUACCGCUGGUACGCCUUGGCAGCCGACCCUUACCCCCGGAACGCUGUUAGUGGAUUUAUUAGCAGAGGACAAAGAAUUUUUAGCAGUCGAGGAAGAAAUGCAGAGUACUAUUAGACAACAUAGAGAUAAUGGCCAUUCCGGUGGUAUAUUUUCCAGAUACAACAUAGUUAGGAUACAAAAAGUGCAAAAUCGUAAACUAUGGGAGCGAUACGCGCAUAGAAGGCAAGAAGUGGCAGAGGAAGUUGGUGCUGCAGCGCCUUCCUCCCCUGGUACUGGAUCUAGGAUCACUCCCGGCUCGACGUUGCCGCAAGCCAAUGAAAGAAUGCUGUUUCAUGGCAGUCCAUUUAUUAACGCCAUCGUUCAGAAAGGUUUCGACGAACGGCAUGCUUAUAUCGGCGGUAUGUUUGGAGCAGGAAUUUAUUUUGCGGAGCACAGCAGUAAAAGUAACCAGUAUGUCUAUGGAAUAUGCGGAGGCACUGGAUGCCCGGCACACAAAGACAGAAGUUGUUACAUUUGCCACAGACAUUUAUUACUCUGUCGUGUCACACUGGGCAAAUCAUUUCUGCAAUUCUCCGCGAUGAAGAUGGCGCAUGCACCACCCGGUCAUCACAGUGUAAUGGGCAGACCGUCGCAAGGUGGCUUGGUUUUUCCCGAAUACGUUGUCUAUAGAGGCGAACAAGCAUAUCCGGAAUAUCUAAUUACUUAUCAAAUCGCGAGGCCUCAGCAGGAGAGCGGGGGUAGAGUCCAGCCCUGCGGCAAGAUUGCGAAGUCUCUGUUGUUGUCAGAGACCUCGAACGUGUAA